AUGGCCAACCCCAGUACCCCUCCCGUUAUCGGCCUCCUGGGCGCUGGCCAGCUUGGUCGAAUGCUCGUCGAGGCCGCCUCACCCCUCGACGUCCAGAUUGCACUUCUCGAUGCCGCCAAUGCACCCGCAAAGCAGAUUAACAGCAAUCCCCUCAACGUCACAGGCUCCUUCAAGGACCCUGCAAAGAUUAGAGAGCUAGCCGCGAGCUCGUCUGUGCUGACGGUGGAGAUCGAGCACAUCGACACCAAAGUUCUGGAAGAAAUUGACGCUGAGGGCGUCCAGAUCACUGGCCCUGAUGGGGCUGCCACCACAAAGAAAGUCACCAUCCACCCUUCAUGGCGCACCUUGAGAUUGGUUCAGGACAAGUUUGAUCAGAAAGAGUACCUUUCUAGCCAAGGUAUUCCUGUUGCGGAUCAAAUUUCAAUCAAGACCGGCUCUGAUGCCAUCAUGGAGUCUUCUCUCAAGGAGGCUUCCGACAAGUUCGGCUUCCCUUGGAUGCUCAAAUCUCGCAAAGACUCGUAUGAUGGACGCGGCAACCUGAAGAUCUCUAGCCCUGCCGAUUUCGAACUUGCCGUCAAGGACUUUGGCUCGCUAUCCUGCUAUGCCGAGCGGUGGGUUCCCUUCGAGUGCGAGCUUGCUGUCAUGGUUGUCCGCACGGAGGACGCCGAGGGUAACACCAAGAGAGUCAUUCCUUUCCCCGUCGUGGAGACCAUCCACGAGGACAACGUAUGCUCAAAGGUGUUCUACCCCCCUCGCGGUGUGGCUCCAGAGGUUGCCCAGAAGGCAAGGGAAGUGGGCAGCAGUGUUGUGGCCAAGCUUUGGGGACGAGGUGUCUUCGCUGUCGAGAUGUUCGUGACUAAGAAGGGCGACGUGCUAGUCAACGAAAUCGCCCCCAGACCUCACAACAGCGGCCAUUUGUCGAUUGAGGCUGUUCCAUAUAUGUCCCAGUUCAAGGCGCAGCUUACUGCCAUCCUGGAUGAGCCCUUCCCAGAGGAACUAGAGGCUUCUGUGGACUCAAGUAUCAUGAUCAACAUUUUAGGAGGUCUGCGUCCCGAUUCUCACUUCGAGCUCGUUCAGAAAGCCAAGUCCAUGUUUUCGAGAAAGAUCUCCGUCUACCCUCACCUUUACGGAAAGGAGUCCAAGCCAGGUAGAAAAAUCGGCCACAUCACACUGACUGGAUCUUGCUCUAUCGCGGAACUUGAAUCUUACGCCCAACCUCUUAUUGCUCUUGCCGAUAGCAUGAGGAAAGAGCGCAACGACGCGUCUGCACAGGGUCUUCGGCCCCAACAGGCCGCACCUCAGCAGGUUGUCGGCCGUCCCAAGGGCAAGCCGCUUGUCCUCGUCACCAUGGGAUCGGACUCAGACCUCAAGGUUCUCAAGGCCGGCGUUGACAUUCUCAAGAAAUUCGACUGUCCCUACGAGUUGGAUAUCACAAGCGCCCACAGAACCCCUGACAAGAUGGCACAGGUCGCAAAGGAUGCCGCUUCUCGUGGUAUCAAGGUGAUCAUCACCGCAGCUGGUGGUGCUGCCGCCUUGCCUGGCAUGGUUUCAAGCCAUACUUCCUUGCCCGUGAUCGGUGUUCCCGUUCAGGCUACCCAUAUGCAAGGUUGGGACAGCCUGCUCUCAAUCGUUUCAAUGCCCAGAGGUAUCCCCACGGCCACAGUGGCAAUCAACAAUUCCACAAAUGCCGCCCUCCUCGCCAUCCGGAUCCUGGGUUCAUUUAUGCCUGAGUAUUAUGAUAAGAUGGUUGAGUACCAGCUGGGUAUGGAGAAGGAGGUCCUGAAGAAGGCUGAAAAGUUGAAGGAGUUGGAUGCGGAUGCUUACCUUGCGCAAAUGUAA